GUUGGUGGGUGUCGGCCUGUCUUUUCCACCCUUUCGCGCGUGCGUCGCGUCGUCGGCCGGUCAGGUCCGGUUUGGGGGCUGCUACGCGACGUCGUCGUCGUCGUCUCCGGCCGCGCGCGCGCGUCCUUCCUCCUGUUCCUCCUCUUCCUCUUCUUCCGCGGCUCUGGCCCAUUUCCGCGUUUUGACGCAGGCAGAGGGGUCCUCCCCGGCGUGGCCGUGUGGGAGGCGCCCGGCCCGCUCGGAGCCUGGACAGUCAAUGCUCUCGGUUUUCCUUUGGAAUCCACGCCACACAUUUAUGGCGAUUCUGAGCAUCAGGGCAGAUUUCUGCCGAGCCCAGCACAGCGCUCUGGCUGACAAGUGAACUGGGGGCCGGGUCCUACGUGCCAUAAUUCAGCUUUGCCUUGAAGAUUCUACACACUGAGACAUAUAAAACCUCAAAUAUAUGGGGAUAUCUUCUGCACAUUGGAAACCUCUUUUUCUUAGUGUCUCUAGAAAAGUGAAACCUGGCCGAGCUCAAGGGGAGAAAAGACCUGCCCCUGGCAUUUUUUUUGUGCCUCACCAGUGCCUAAAUGCAGUAAAGGCUGCCUGUUUUUCUUGCAUAUAGCGGGAGACUGCAGAGUUCGAAGGAACGCCACCUGCGGCGUUUGAGGGUGAAGUUGUGAGUUCCAGUUGAUGCUAAAGCAAGCCUGCUUUUCUUGAAGUGAAGAAUUCUUUUGAAGAACAAAGUAAACGAGGAAAGCUCUGAUCAAUUCUGGACACUUUAGUGAUUUUUUUAAUGUUUUCUGCUGUGAAACGUUGCAAGGUUUGAACUUCUUUUCUUGUCCUCACACACCUUUUUUUUUUGCCACUAUGAACCGUCCUGCUCCAGUGGAGAUUACUUAUGAGAGUAUGCGCUUUCUGAUUACCCACAACCCAACCAAUGCAACCCUCAACAAAUUCACAGAGGAAUUAAAGAAAUAUGGAGUGACAACCUUGGUGCGGGUCUGUGAUGCCACCUAUGAUAAAGCACCUGUUGAAAAGGAAGGAAUCCAAGUCCUAGACUGGCCAUUUGAUGAUGGAGCACCACCCCCCAAUGAGAUUGUGGACGACUGGCUCAACCUGUUGAAAACCAAAUUUCGUGAGGAACCUGGCUGUUGUGUUGCUGUACACUGUGUUGCAGGACUGGGAAGAGCCCCAGUUCUGGUCGCCCUUGCUCUCAUUGAAUGUGGAAUGAAGUACGAGGAUGCUGUGCAGUUCAUCAGGCAGAAGAGGAGGGGAGCUUUCAAUUCCAAACAGCUGCUUUACCUUGAGAAAUACCGGCCGAAAAUGCGAUUACGCUUCAGAGAUGCCAAUGGCCACUGCAUCAUACAGUAAGGGGAAGGCCCUCCGUGAAGUCGUCUUUAUGCUAUCAUGGUUGUCCUUCUGGACUCGUGGAACCUGAAAAUGUAACUCUGGAAUUGAACGACAUCCUCGCCAUGGCAGUGGAGUCGGUUCUCCUCAGCCAUUGUCCUAAUGAUGAUGAUUGUGAUAAAAAAUAAAAUUAAAACAAAACAUUUCAGUGAAGGAUUGCCUUUUCAUGUUGCAGUCUGAUCAUCUGCCAAGAGAAAAAGAGUUCUUUGAACCUUCUGUAUUUUUAACUUUUUGGAGAAAAAAACCCUAAUAAAAUCAAUUUUAUGUCUCAAGAAAAACAAAGAGUAUCAAGGUUGUGCGUAUAUCAUAAUCUUGGAAUGAAACAGCACCCCUCAGUUAUGUCCUGGUAUGGGGGUUAGUUUUGGUUUUUUAAUGGUUGUUUUCUUUCCAUGUGCUGACAGGUAGAAUUGAAGUGGUGUCUUUGUAGCUAUAUGUAAGCGGUCAGCAGCCUUAAGCUCAGUUGGAUGCAUUUAGAAAUAGUGGAGUUUGUACGUCCAAUUUGCAGCUGACAGGAUGUUUGUGGUAGUUAGGCUUACCAACAUGCUGGGUUAAAGUCCUUUCUCUUAACUGGAUAAUCUUUUUAAGCAUUGUUCAGUUUACAGGUAAGCACCUGGCCAUCAGAGAUGAGGGCAACAUAACUCUGACUUCUUGGUGCUCUCUCCAAAAUUCUGAGGAGCCUUAUACUUGCUUAAAACUGGAGUUCUAGCUCCUAUGAUUGUGUAGGUGUCCAGAUGAUGUGAUUGCAGAUUUUGCAUCUCAGUCCUGAAGUGUUGCCCACCAUUUGGUUACAAAUGCACUGCUGCAAAUACCUUGAUGUGGAAGUAAAUUUGAAACUUAGCCGAUAUGUAUAGAAAGCACCAGGCCGCCAAAUUUUACAGUGUCCAGGUAAGCAAUAUAGUUAAAAGGACAUCUCUGUCCUACAUGCCCUGUGGUUGCUGUCUGGGUGACCUUUGCUUCUGAGAGGAAGAAACACAAAUCAAGGCUAUUUCAAAUAGGGCUCUGGUGCCCAUUUGGCAUUUUUGUCAACGUCUGGGUAUAUUUUCCCCCACCCUGGUCUCAUUCCUGGUUCCCAUUAACCACUGGUUGACCUUGUUUUGACCUUCUCAACAGGUUCUUAAGGGAUGUCAGUUACACACCACCAAGGCCUCAUAAACCGUUUAUGAUAAACGUAUGCUGUUUUUAGGUGUUCCAUUUAAAAAGGCAGUUACAAGAUGUUGCAUGUGUGCAGACAAGACCAGUAUUUAAUUUUAUGGUGGGUCUGCAUUUCUGGCUCUCCGCAAAACCCAUGUCCUCCUUCCAAUUCUACAUUUGAAAUUAAGAAUCAAGAUUUCUUUGCCCUUUGGACUCACAUAGAUUCAAACAUCAGCUCUUUCAUUAGCUAGGCUGGUAACCUUUCCAUCAUGGUUGCUGCCAUGCCAUCCUCCACAUCGACAGUGUAUAUGAUUGACUUUUGACUAAUAUAGCCUCAACAUUUCAAGUCUUGAAAAUGGAUCAUGGACUUUCAUUUCCACAUGUGCUUAAAUUACAACUAGUUCUGAUGGAUAUUAUGCUGACCAAUCUGGAUGAUUAACAGAUUUAAGUCUAAAACUACAAUUCCUUCUUUUUGUCUAAAAUAUAUGUACUGGGGUAUGUGUGUGGCAUUGUGCUAUACACACAAUUAGGGGCAGGACUGCAAUACUACAAAAAGUGCUUAUGUGGAAAUAGAGUCCUUGAUAGCAAAUUCUAAAGAUACAAGAUUGGUUCUUGCCCUGUGUACAAAUAAAGGUACAACUUGUUCUUAUGAGUAAAUCCUCAUUGUUGCAAAAUUUAGAAUGUGCCGUUUUUCUGUUACCAGACAAGGCUUUACUAUGACUAAAAUUGUUGCAUCUGAAUGAAAAAAACCUCCCCAAACAUAAAACAUUUUAAAAAUUAUUUUCAUGUAUAAGUUUUUCUUCCCCUUCAGUUUUACUUUGUAUUAUGGUAUAUUAGCUUUUAUUGCAAUCUCAACAGAACUGAGAAGGCAGGGCUGUUUCUAAAUGCACAAGGGUGCACAUUCUGUCAUAGAAUAGAAAUGUCAGAGCUUCAUUGUUAGGCUCAACAGGCACAAUUUCUGGUUCAGCACUUCGAACACGGUGCAAUAAAGUUCUUACCUGUAUAAAGUCUC